AUGUCAUCGGAUAUCGAUAAGUUACACAUUUUACUCGGUUAUUUCUUGAUCAAAAAUGGAUUCAUUAUCAAUUCUACAAGAGAUUUAGAAAUUAUUAAUUUUACAAAAACAGAUCGAUCAGUUACGACGGAUUUUUAUCGCAAUCAAGUUCGAUAUCAGGCAAUUAGUACAGUAGCAACUUCUGAAUUUUUAAUUGUGAUAGAGGUCCAAAAUCAUAGACAUCGACUUGUACUUAAGCUAGAUGAUUAUUUUGAUAAUAAUAAUCGAAUUGCACAUGAUUCAAUUUUUACAAGUCAUUUAUCAUUAAUGGAAUGUUCAUCGGAUAAUUCCAUUUACUAUGCCUUGUCUGAUUCGAUACUUGAUCGAUUUUGUUCACAAAUUUUAUCUUCGAUUCAUCAUAAAAUCAAUUGGCUUAAUCUUGAAUCAACUUCCAUAGAACGUAUAUUACUUGCUACGAAUUAUUCGAAUUUAUAUGGACUUGGUUUAUAUAAUAUUAAUGUAGACGAAGCUUUAUCUCUCUUUACUGGUAAGUUAUUGUCGAUUCUUUCAAGAAUUAACCAAUAAAAUAUAUAAAUGAAAACAAAAAUAAUUUAUUUUUAAUAUAGACAGUCCCGAACAAAAGUUUAAGUGAAAUUAGUUUUUCACUAUUUUUUUCACAUUUCUUUUUCAGUAUAUUUUUUUCAUAUUAUGAGGU